CAUGCUGGGCUCUGGAUUUAAAGCUGAGCGUUUACGAGUCAAUUUGCGAUUAGUCAUAAACCGUCUUAAACUAUUGGAGAAAAAAAAAACGGAACUGGCCCAGAAAGCAAGGAAAGAGAUUGCUGACUAUCUGGCUGCUGGGAAGGAUGAACGAGCUCGGAUCCGAGUGGAGCAUAUUAUCCGAGAAGACUACCUUGUGGAGGCCAUGGAAAUUCUGGAGCUGUAUUGUGAUCUGCUGCUGGCUCGGUUUGGUCUCAUCCAGUCUAUGAAGGAACUAGAUUCUGGUCUGGCUGAAUCCGUGUCUACACUGAUAUGGGCUGCUCCUCGGCUCCAGUCAGAAGUGGCUGAGUUGAAAAUAGUUGCUGAUCAGCUCUGUGCCAAGUAUAGCAAGGAAUACGGCAAGUUAUGUAGGACCAACCAGAUUGGAACUGUGAAUGACAGGCUAAUGCACAAACUGAGUGUGGAAGCCCCACCCAAAAUCCUGGUGGAGAGAUACCUGAUUGAAAUUGCUAAGAACUACAAUGUGCCCUAUGAGCCUGACUCUGUGGUCAUGGCAGAAGCUCCUCCUGGGGUAGAGACAGAUCUUAUUGAUGUUGGAUUCACAGAUGAUGUGAAGAAAGGGGGUCCUGGAAGAGGAGGAGGGGGUGGUUUCGCAACACCAGUUGGUGGACCUGAUGGAACAGUGCCACUGCCUAUGCCCAUGCCCAUGCCCUCUCCAAGUACUCCUUUCUCCUAUCCACUUCCAAAGGGACCAUCGGAUUUCAAUGGACUGCCAGUGGGGACUUACCAGGCUUUUCCCAAUAUUCAUCCACCUCAGAUACCAGCAACUCCCCCAUCGUAUGAAUCUGUUGAUGACCUUAAUGCUGAUAAGAAUGUCUCUUCUGCACAGAUUGUUGGUCCUGGGCCCAAGCCGGAAGCCUCUGCAAAGCCCCCUUCCCAACCUGUGGAUACCUACAACAACUUUGUACUACCGGAGUUGCCGUCUGUGCCAGACACACUACCAACUGCAUCUGCUGGUGCCAACGCCUCGGCAUCUGAGGACAUUGACUUUGAUGAUCUUUCCCGGAGAUUUGAAGAGUUGAAAAAGAAAACCUAGUUCUCCUCAACCAGGCAACCUCCAGGCUCUGAGAUUUGAGACUGAGCUUUUUCUCCUUGUAACAAAGAAUCUCCAUGAAAUUCGUUUUCAUCACUUAACCAUCACUGAGCACACUCUUCCUCUGGGUUCUCUUUCUGCUCUAAAUUCUGCUGCUUUCCAGUUCUCUGUUGCUCCUAAGAAACUAAUGAUUAGAGACUAUGAGGCCAGAGCAGCUGACCCUGGGCAGCCGAGCUUGUCCAUCUCCCUUGAGUGUGAGCCCAGGUUCUCCCAUCACCUGUACCUGUUCCUCCACAGGGGAGUGGGAAGGUGAAAGCAUUAUGAGGAGAGCUGCCAAAGAUGGCUGGACACGGAGAAGAAUACUUCAUGAAGUCUCUCAGCCCUGUGCUGAAGUUCUAGACUUAGAAACAAACCCCUCUGUCCAGAGGGGUUUGUAGUGAGCAAAGGUGUGCCAUGAAUGGGAGAGACUGACUCUGGAAGCCCCUUUAAAGGUUCUUGGAAGCUGGGUGCUCUCAUUGGCUUAUACACUACUCGCUGCAGGCCUGUUCUACCUGGAUCCAGUUGCAGAGUUUAUUGGGAAAGUUGAAGGCUUCUCUUAGAUCUACUGGAUUCUCAGGGAGCCCUCCGUGGCCUUUUGCUUUGAGUGCUGUGUUCCCCUCUUACCAGAGGGCAGCACUGCAUAAACUCCUGUUUCCCCCAGGGCAUGUUCUGUUGGACUGCAUUUACUGGUGAACGAAGGACAGGUCACACACUGGGCAGAAGUCACCAAGGCUAGGGUGGGCUUCCAGUUGCCUUAACAGAAGUACUCAAGUUUCUUGGGUAGUGAGCUGGAAUGCCUACAGGGGAAGUGGGGUUCCUGUUUUCAUUUGAAAACUUUAUGAUUAAGAGAACCUUUAAAAACCGAUUUCACAUAAGUUUUGGGUGCCCAUAAAAAAUGUGGCUGCAGUUGUUGACUACUUUUCCUAGAUGGAUGAGACUCUUACUAUUGUAACUUAACAGUGUUCCUUUACCCCCUAGCUGAGGCCAUCCUUCCCCAGAGGGAUGGCUUUGGGAUCAGAAGAUAGGACUCUGGCUUCUGUGUAGUGUAAAUAUACACACCUGUUUCAAGCAACUUUAAUGUUUUUGAUUGGUUUGUAUCUCAUAGCUCAGUAGCUGAUAAUAAAGUUAAAAAUUCUGUGCCCUGCUUUU